CGGCAUUUAUUGUGAAAAAUGCUGAAGUUGGUAAACUGCUAAACGGAAGAAACCGCAGGUGAAAGUAAUACAUUUGGAUUAUUUUAAGUUUGCCUCCCUAUGUUUCGGUACUGAGAAUUCCCCAUGCGUUGGAUGAAUUGUUUGAGAUAGCUGUGAAAUAUAAAAGUCGGCAAGUGGUUGAAAAUCGUACGCUCGAAUUCGAUGAUAGAUAGAGCUGUUGUUACAAGAAUAGAUUUGCUACAAUAGUUAUGGUAGAUUUGGUGGAAGAGAGAGCUAUGUAUACCACCAGAAUAGUUUGUCAAGCAGUUCGUAAUAAGCAGAUGAACAUUCAUAUAUUUAGUCGGCAUAAUAAUCACCAGUAACACGAUUGAUGAGAACGCUCACAAUCUGCGCGAAGGUUUGAAGCUUCGAAAGAAAGCAAACUUAAAACGUGAAUGCAUCUAAAUACAAAUUUACGACUAAAGAACUUCGUAUUUGGGGUGCGAGACUUUAUCGAGAAAAGAGAGUUGAAAAUUAUUACAAAAAAAAAAAAAAAAAUACAUACUGCCGAAUACGACAAAGAAAAUAAUUUCGUUUGUUUCGCAUGUGCCCAUAUUAUGGAAAACUGAUCAGGGAUUUCUGUAUAGAUUGAAAAGCCCAUAUUAAAUCUCAAAAGGAAAGAGAUAAGUUUGUCAGUGGAGGCUACUACAACUUUGGAAAAACUCAAAGCGGCUUCGAUCCAAGCUCCUAUAUUGUAAUUUUUUAUCUCGAAGGAAGUUAGAAAUAGCAUUAGAUGAAUUUGAUUUUGCAGUAGGGGCUCUGCUUAUGCAAUAUGAAAAUGACACGAGAUUGACAAGCACUUGGACAUAGAGAAGAGUCGCGGUCGAGAGAUCGCGCCUCUGUUUUUCUUUCUUGGGGAUUCUAUGGCUUCCCAAGGGCCGAUCAGAUACAACCACGUGAUCAACAUGUAGCUGCUAUGAAUGGCGUCUUCCAGGCAGACACCUAUUUGCAACACAGGGCUCUAAGAAACCAGCUGCUUACAACACACUGGACGUUAUAAAACAAAUCAUUCAUCGCCAAAGAUACCUUUUUGUUUCUUCUCGUCACCUCGGCUUUUCUUUCAACUGAAGAAAAAGAGUUGCGAAAAUGGAUAUAGAAGAAUACAGAGUACACGGGAAAGAAAUGGUGGACUACAUUGCAGAUUAUUUAAUAAACAUCAGACAACGGAGAGUGUUUCCAGGUGUUAAGCCAGGAUACAUGAGAGAUUUAUUGCCUGAUUCUGCACCCGAGGAAGGCGAGAAUUUUGACAGAAUUUUCGAAGACAUAGAAAAAGUCAUCAUGCCAGGAAUUACCCACUGGCAAAGCCCCCAAAUGCAUGCGUAUUUUCCUGCCCUCAACUCUGGAGCAUCUCUUCUUGGUGACAUGUUGGCAGACGGCUUAGGAUGUUUGGCAUUUACUUGGGCAUCCAGUCCAGCUUGCACAGAGUUGGAGAUUAUAGUUAUGGACUGGCUGGCGAAAAUGAUUGGUUUACCUAGUUCUUUUCUACACUCAUCCAGAGGAAAAGGUGGAGGAGUGAUUCAGACAACAGCAAGCGAGGCAACGCUGAUAAGUCUUUUGGCAGCCCGUACGCAGAUGUUCGAGAAUUUACGAGAGACACUAGAUCAAACUUCGGAUGCAGAUUUGAACGCAAGACUGGUAGCUUAUACUUCCGAUCAGGCUCAUUCGUCUGUCGAAAAAGCCGGCCUUAUUGGUCUUGUGCAGAUGCGGUACAUUGAGAGUAACUCAGAGUUUAGUCUCAGAGGAGACAAACUCAUCGAAGCCAUCGAACGAGACAGAGAAAAGGGCCUCAUUCCUUUUUUUGUUUGUGCUACCCUGGGAACGACAGGUGUCUGUGCGUUUGAUAACAUAAAAGAAAUUGGAGUUAUAUGUGAGAAGGAGAAUAUGUGGUUACAUAUCGAUGCAGCAUACGCAGGCAGUGCUUUUAUCUGUCCUGAAUACAGGAAGUGGUUGGAAGGUGUGGAAUUUGCCGACUCUUUUGCUUUCAAUCCUUCUAAAUGGUUGAUGGUGCAUUUCGAUUGCACGGCUAUGUGGGUAAAAAACAGUGAACGUCUUCAUCGUACAUUUAAUGUUGAUCCUUUAUACUUAAAGCAUGAAAACACAGGUCUAGCUGUAGAUUUUACACACUGGCAGAUAUCACUGAGCAAACGAUUUCGUGCCCUUAAACUGUGGUUUGUUCUCAGGAAUUUUGGAAUAAAGGGACUCCAGGAGCAUAUACGUCAUAGUGUUCGCUUAGCGGAAGAAUUUGAAUCUCUUGUCAAAGCCGAUGAUCGUUUUGAAAUUCCAGCGGUACGACACCUUGGUCUGACUGUCUUUCGCAUUAGGGGGGAAAACGAGCUAACUGAGACUCUUCUGAAAAGAAUUAACUCUAAUGGCAAGCUACAUUGCGUUCCAUGUUCUCUCAAAGGCAAAUACGUUAUUCGCUUCACCGUCACAUCACCCAGAACUACCAGCCAGGACAUCCGCAACGACUGGAAUUUUAUACAAAUGAUGUGCAGCCAGCUGCUGAAUGCAUCUCCUUCGGGCAGGCGUCCAAUGUCUAUGGCGGAAAUUAAGCGACGGAAUCCCAACUUUGGCGCCAGCCUUCUACUCAGCAAUAGUCCCAUGAUACCGAAGAUUAUGAACGCCAGCUUUGUCGCCAUCACCGACGCUGGAGAUAAUUUCAAAGAUUUCUUAGACAGGAAUGGCACCCUGAGGAUAGCAAGCAAAAAUUCUCCAGUUUUGCAACGACGUGUGAAGGGAUUAGUCCGUGGGCAGCGUCAGUACAGCCUGGAUUCGCACAUCGAUUUGAUGGUAGCAACCAACUCAACGAAGGAGAAUGCAUUAAGAAAAAGCAUAGUUUCUAUUGAAGAGCAAACCUUAGCGGAAAGCUUAGAGGAAAACAAAUCAUCUUCAGAAGACGUAACUAGGUGUGAUAAAUGUGGUCAGAAAAUUCCGUGUUAGUUUACUCUUGCGUAGUUAUAUGUAAUGUUUAAAUCUAUCUGUGUCGUUUCAAGGUAAUAUUCGAAAUAUGAUGUAGCUUAAACUGCUGUCAAAUUCUUUGUCAAAUUUUCUGCUAUUAUUCUAUUCUGAUGAUGUUUAAUGUUCAUGUGGUCUAGAAUAAAAAUGUGUAUCUGCAUGCA